AUGAUGGGUGGUCAGGAUGCUUCGGAUGUUGCCGGUUGGGGCCAUCAGGUGAGUGACACUUAUCCGGACACAGCGCGGCUUCAUUUCCAGGUCCACGAGGAUUCUGAAGGUGGCUUCUGCGGCGAGAAGAGAGUUGCAAAGUGUCAGGACAACAUCUGCCUCUUGGAAGCCAUCAAGCACUUUUACGGCAAGGUCUUGUAUGAUGAAGGCAGAAGGAUCGAGUACCCUGCAAUCGAGUACAACAAGGUUGCCAAGGGCAUCAAAUUUUCAGAUGCAGACUUUCUAAAGAUGCUCAUCAAUCUCAUCGGCGACUUGCACCAGCCUAUGCAUGUUGGCUUUGCGCAAGACGACAGCGGCAGGAAAGUGCAAGUGAAGUUUCGAGGUCAGACCAUGUCCCUGUACGACGUCUGGGACAAAGCCAUAUCGGAGGCAGUCCGGACGGAAGAGAGCAACUAUUGGCUUGGUGGCUGGACGCACGUCCGGGCCGUCAGUAGCGAGUGGGACUUCGACAAGAGGAAGUGGAAGGAGGAUGGGGCCUUCAAGAGUUUUGACCGCUGGAUGGAGGAAGCCGUCCAGUUUUCAUGCAAGAAGGCCUACACACAUCCCGUGACCGGCCGGAAAAUAGCGGGGCCGGGCGCAGAGCCUGGGCCUGUGGAGAUCGAUGAGGCGGCCUACCAGGAGUGGAGACAUCUUUGGCUGCGUCAAAUUCUGAUAGCUGGUGAGCGUACCGCUAUUGUCCUGAAUGACAUCUUGGACAACAAGGGUGCCGCGCGGUUGGCAACCGGAAGCAAGGUGCACACCAAGGCUGAUGAAGAGAAGGCCAAGGAACAGGCUGCCUGGGAGGAGGAGAGACUGAAGCGGCAGAAAGAGGAGCGAAGAACGAGGUCAUCCGGAUCUCUGAUCAAUGUCGGAGCGUUCAUGACCAACCUCUUUGUUGCCGUCGUGACGGUGCCCAUCUUCCUGGUCGUCGCGAAUCACGGGCUCAAUCCGCAGACCUACGCAGGCCUCGUCAGGAGCAUUCUGGAGAGCAAUGACACCGCCGCCAAAGGGCCGGGGAAACGGUUCGAGUAG